UUACAAAAAUAGUCUUACAAGAGUAUUCAUGGGGCAUUUCGGUGUAUAGCGGUGUCAGUGUGUUGUAAUAACUAGUGUUAGUUUGGAGGGUUGUGUUGUGUGUAGCAAGGGACUGCCGAUAUCGGUUUAUACAGCUGGACACUUAUUAACGAAAACACAAGGCAUAUACAAACUACAGAAAGUGUGUGUAUCAAUUAACACUAGAUGGAUAUACGGAAGAUGCAUUAGUUACCAAGUAUAUAUAUUACUACUGUUGAGGAUCCCUUUACUAUACGUAAAGCCACGAGUUAGCAGACGAUACAUCUGACCGAGGACCCAGUCCAUGAACUCUCGUUGGAUAUGGAUGAGUGUAUAUGUUAGCAAUCACGUCUCGGUGGUAAUGUGAACUUUCACAACAACGAGGUGAGCUAUAUCAUUCUUUAAAUCGUCAACAGUGUAACAAAACACGAUAGUCAGGACCCACUGUUGUUAACAGGCCUAUUAGGAACAUUUCGGCUUGCUGCUUCGUUCAAACUGCUCAUUCAAGGGAGAAAAAUACCUUUUAUAAAACAGAUUUAUAAAACUGUUCAGGUGAAAAGGACAAGAACGACUCGGCAUACCAGUAAGGGACAGCUGACUGUACAUGUUAUUCAUUACGGUAACACUUUACAAAUCUUUUUUGUGACUUGGAUGUUUUAAAUAUUUUUACAACAACUCGUUGACUAUAUGCACACGUGUUGUUGUUGACUAUGUCCCUGGAAAGUCCGACCCGUCCGUAGGAUGUUUAUUCGUGCCUCCUGGGUCCUGUCACUGUGUUUUGCACAAUCUUGGCUAUGUAGUUUUGUGAUGUCUGCCGAAUACUGUGACGAUGUCCAAGACUGGUGUGCAAGGAGGAUAGGAUGUGGAAUGGCACUUCAGCACUUCUUUGCGGGAUGCAAAGAGAAUCUGUUUCAUGAGACUGACGUCUGUACCACGUCAUGUAAGAGGGCUCUUAUAUCUUUGCUCUCAUCAGAAGACGAUGCCGGAUUAGAUUUCAUCAACUGCAACUGUAGUGGAGAUCCAUACUGUCAAGAUAGAAAGCAAGGAAUUGAGGUAUGCACCAAUGACGUUCUAGAGGCCAUUCAUAGUGUAAACGAUGGGACAUCAGUGGUCAGUUGUACUCUGGCCAAGUGGAUUUGUGAAGCGGACAGUUCAUGCUUCACUGCAUUAGAUUUCUACAAAAGUCACUGCAGCAAGUUAUUUAUAGGUGAUAAAUGUACGGAGCGAUGUAACAACAGUGUUACAAUUCUGUAUCAACAAGCCAAGGCUCAGAAAUUACAAAACUGUGAAUGUGAUGGAAGUGAAUUGUAUGAUUGUAAAAGUAUCCGGUACUAUACAGAUGUUCUAUGUUUUAAUAAGGUGUAUCAGGUGAAGAGCUUCAAUGGAAGCAACAGAUUGUCUGUUUCACUUCUAUGUGUGACCCUUCUUAUUGCCUCGUUAUUGUGGUGUUGGAGACACGUGCUAGGGGGAUCUCGUUCACGCCGGUGACAUAUUCAGCUGGGACAUUAACGAGCGCAGAGGCGAGGAAUUAUUAGCAUUUAAAGUGCAAUUAACACGAAGUCGAUCACACAAAUAUUCCGUUUAUUUCCUAAGAAGAUAUCAAUCAACUUGUGAAGUUGCCGAAGGUCCCAGUCGUGCUUGAUCUAACCCAACACCGAUGGAUGUUAAAUGCUGCUACAGAUAACAGGCGAUAAGCUGUUGGAGAUAGCUGUCACUGAUAGCAGAUCAAUGUCACUCGAUAGCUUCAAUUCAAUGAAUCAACGUAUUUAGGUACGAUUAUAAGAUUAAGCGCAGAUAUCACCGGGAAUACAUUCAAAGAUCUUGAUAUGAAUAGACGUUAUAAUCAAUAUCAAGAGAGAUAUAGAUUUUGUUCCUGAUUAUUUAAGAGUGCAUAUUUAAUUACUAUCUAAAUACAUGUGCCUGUAUUGAUGUACAAAUAACAUUUAUCAAAGCGAGAGUAAGCUGUUCAAGUAGAUAUUCUCGACAUAUUUUUUCUACUUUCAACUCUGAGUUUGCUCAAACUUUUCUGACUCUCAGUAAGUGAUUCGAAUAACAUUCGAUUAUAGAUAUUUUACAAGGGCACGUGAUCAGUUAAAAACAAUUUGUUAAUACAAAAUUUGGACACCAGACCAUUGUGUAUCUUUUAAAUAUAAUAUGCUGUUUUUGUUGUUAUUGUUGUAUGGUGGCCGAAUGUAUACUGCUGUAAGACAUUGUGUGUGUUACUUCCAAUGUUCGGUUAAUAUUGUGAGUUGCAAAUGGUUAAUGAUCUCCAAAUCAGGACCUCGCGCCAUUUUAAUAUGUGUAUGCAUUUAGAUGUAUUGCUGACUUUUUACAACUUUCUGAUCAUCCGUAAUAUUUAAUGUGAUGAUGUUUAGUGAUGUUUUUGCUGUGUAUUUCUAUAUCCGUCAACGGAGAAAACCUUGCUCACAUACAAAGAGUUUAUAGCCAAUGCUUUUUUCCUGAUGUGCCAGCUGUGAAAAAAAUCAUAAGCGCGGGCUCCUGGCUACACGGCUAGAGCACACACAAGGCCACAGCGCCAACGUUACCAACUUCGUUUCGAUUGUAAGAUAUUCUUGUGAUUUAUGGAUAAUGUCUCUCUGAGUAUAGAUAUAUACCGUUGAAGCGAGGAAUUUUCUUUCAUAUUCUUUCAUGUGUUGCUGUUUAGCUCUGUGCGCAAAAACGCAUUUACCAUUUCACAGUUUGAGUAUAUUGCUCUGACCGCCUAGUCGAAGACAUAAUAAAAACCCGUAGAAAAAAAAGAUGUGAUUUCUUUUAUUUGAAAUUUGAAAAGAAAACCUGGAUAGAAGUUUGAUAUUUCAAAUAGCUGACCUCAGCAUUACUCAUAUUAAAGGAAAACGUAUAUAAGAGUAAUUGGCAUAUAUAACUAAAUGAAACAUACAACCUUUAUUUCAUGGUCGGUUAUCACCUCAGUGAAGUAUGUGUUUAUUAUGUCUCCGACGAAUACAGAGAAAUUAAAAAUGCAUACAAAGUUUUUCUUUUCUGUAGGAAUCUAAUGUGCUAUAUAUUUUUCACAUGAAAGAGAUAUGUAUAUGACUACGGAGGCAGUAUUUAUAUAUUUGUGAAAUGAAAUCUGUAAUAUUUAUUUCAUUGUGUGUGUAAGUGACAGUCACGGAGUUCAUUGUGGUCUUGUAAAUAAGUGUUUCAUUAUAAUCAGAGUCAGAAUGUCAAAAAUUUUAACCAAUCAAUAUAAUGAACAACCGAUGCCAUAACUAGACUUUGUUAUCUGAUACUUGAAGUUUAAUUUAAAAUCCAUAAUAACAUAGAUUUUCUUGUGCCAAAUGUAUUCGUUGAUUAAGAUAUGUGAUGUAUAGUUCUUGAUUUGAAUGCACAAAGAAACAUGUAUCGUUUAUUUACAUGUGGCGGCAUGCUAUUAAUUCACCGCGAAUAUUAUGUACCUUAAAUAUCUAUGUCUUAUCUGGAAAAUGCAACAAAUCACUAUUACAUGUAUCGGAAAAUAUAGUGUUCACGUUUUAAUGAAGGAUUCCAAAACGAGAAAGAAAAAUAUAACAUUUACGUUUUGGCAGAUCCAAAAUUUUUUUGGUUGAGUUAAUUACUCUGAUAUCGCUGAAAAAUUUAUGGAAUUUUUAGAAGAUACACUUAAGUAACAUUACAUACAUAUUUCCAGAAUAUACCCUGACUUACAACUGACAAUUUCCAUUAAGUACUAUUAAAUAAGUUAGAUAAUCCCUGAAAACUGAAGCAUCGAAAUUCAUGUAGACAAGCCCUUUCAAAACCAGAGGUGUCAAAACAUUAGUUAAUUCAGUAAUGAAAAAACCCCAAGAUCUAUUGGUAGCAUUUAUUGAAUACGUUUAUAGUAUAAGAUCCUCAGGACCAAGAUAGUGGAGUGUGACUGUCAUUUACACACAGUUUCGUUCUUUCUUUGUUUGUUUGGUUUCAUCGGAUGCAUUCCAAAACUGACUUGUUUGAAUAUUGUAACAAUAUCAGACAUUA